AUGGCCUCGAAGUAUUAUGCCAAUUGCAUGGAGAACCUUGCGUAUGACAAAAAGGUCCUGGAAGCUGCAGAGAAGAGGAAGGGCCAAAAACGGAGGAACAAGCCGACGAGGUUGGAUCUGGAGCUGAAUCACCAAGUGUUCCGCGGACUGAGACAAGAAAGUCAGAUUCGACGAUACCGCUCGUACCAUGAGUACCCCCCGUCUACCACGCCCAUGGCUUCUCUGCAACCAAUCAGCAUCUCUGAUCUUCGACUCGAGACCCAUCAUUGCGGCAGAGUUCUCUUCGUACAUACCUUUGGCAAUCCUGUCCUCUGUAUGGCCAUUCGAAACAUCGUGGAGGACGUCAAUGGCGAUGUCGAGCAGCUCGCUGUGUACAAUACGCCCAAGACUGCCACUCUAAAACACGUGCUACCAGGGAACUGCGUCUUCGCCAUCAAAGAGCCCUUCUACGAAGCCAGUGAGGAUGGCUUGUACGCCAUCCGAGUCGAUCACCCAUCUGACCUGGUGCAGCUGCAAGUCACAGACGCACUAUUUCCACAGAAGUUCUUGCCUCAGAUCACGGAGCCGGACAAAUCCGCAAUUGAAUACAAGGUCGCUGGCAACGCUGCUUUCAGGCGGAAGGACUAUCUCCUUGCUCGGCACCUGUAUACGCAAGCGUUGCAGCUCAGCGGACCGGCGGAUGAACUGACACAAAUCCUCUUGCGGAACCGUGGCGUGGCCAAUUUCAAUCUCGGGCGCUACGAAGAAGCCGAGACCGACGCUCGGGCAUCCAUCGUCGCGUCUACAGACAUGACGGAUUCGAAAAAGGUUUCACUGGACUCGAAAGCUUUAUACUGUGCCGGGAGAGCCGCGUACGAGCUCCGCAAAUACCAGGAAGCUGAUGAGGCCUUUCUGAGCGCUCUGAAGCUCACUCCAAACGAUCCAGAUACGAUGCGAGAGCACAACCGCUGUUCACGCCGCUUGUACGAGCAAAGCGGUGGUGAUUACGACUUCGAGCAAAUGAGUCAAUCAGCCACAAAGACGCAUCGACUGGACCAUGCCGACUUCACUUCCAACGUUGCCGUUCGGUCGGCGGGCAAGCGCGGCAGAGGAUUGUUUGCCUGCAAGGACAUCAAGGCUGGCGAGCUCAUAUUGUGCGAAAAGGCGUUUCAAGCUUGUUUUGCUUCAGAGUGCAACGCCUCCCUCCUGGGCGAGAUCAACACUGAGCGUGGAUACUUCGACGCUGCGGAAGGGUUGGUGUUCGAUACCAUCGACAAGGUGCGUCGCAAUCCCGAGGCGGCGAGUCGCUACCUGGAACUUGACGAUGGCGGAUAUCAGCCCAAAUGUCCACCAACGUUGGUCGACAAUACAACAGUGGUCGAUUCAUUCCUGGUCCGAGCCAUCAUUCUGCAGAAUUGCUUCAAAUGCCAUAACGUUCGUUCGAGCGACCACUACUGUUACGUUACACCAGGCUCGCCAGACGUAGAGGCGCGUUCGGCGGGAAUCUGGAUUGCGUCGUCUUACAUCAACCAUGCAUGCGUCGGCAAUGCCUUUCACUCUUUCAUGGGAGACAUGAGGAUCGUUCGAGCUGUCCGCGACAUCGCUCGUGACGAGGAGAUCCUGGUGCCGUAUCGCUGUACUGACAUCGACCACAAUGACGUUCGCAAAAUUCUCAAAGACAUUCAGGGCUUUGAAUGUGAUUGUAUCGCGUGUGUUGCCGAGACAAAGACCCCAGAUGCGCAGCGCGCGCAUCGCACCAAGCUCAUAACUGACAUCACCGCCUUCAUGUCCGCUCAGCUAGACCGACCAGGUCUGCCAAACAAGCAUCACAUCAAUCGCGGGAAGCAGUUGUACAGAGAUCUGGAAAAGACCUACGACGGCGAUAAUUACAAGAAUGUGCCCCGCCUGGGAAUGAUCGUUCUCGGAAGCUGGCUGUGCGGUAUUCAAAGGACAUUUGUGUGCGCCAAGGAAACUGUGCAUGCUGCAAAGGCGGUCAUGAGCCACGCGGGAUUCCACGUCGAGGUCAAGCAAGGCGCUUUAGUCGUGCAGCGGACUAACGCAUGCCUUGAUCCCUGCGUGACUGGUAUCGUCGUGAUUGCUGCGCACGCGUAUGUUCAGCUGGGGGAGAUUGGUAUUGCGGAGCAAUUCAUGGUCUGGGCUCGGGAGAUGCAUGUCACGGUGUGUGGAGAGCUUCGCGGCUUCGAUAAGCUCUAUCCCAAGCUUGCCGUUUGA